AUGGACCCAAUGGACGUGGAUACAAGAGUAAUGAGUGAAGGCGAGUUCUGCAUGGAAUAUGGCAGAAAAAAUCCUGAAGCAACCUACGAGAAAGCGCGAGGCGAAUAUCACCACUUGCUCAACUGUCAGCUGAAUUGGUUGCUAGCCACAUGCAUAAUGAUGAUGAUGAGCAGUUAUCCAGUGGAACCAAUUUUGGCAGAGGCAGCUGCUAGGCUUACGCAAAUAAUUUCUAUGCGCGAUUUACUUCGUCAUCUUCUAACAGCUAUACGUAGUGUUCAAUUUGUGAUGCAACAGAAACGAGAACAAGAAUUGGAGGAUGAUCGAGACGGGUUGUCCAUGGCCAUUUUUUUUAGCCAAAGUGAUAUCAAAAACUUAGCUAAUGCAAAAGUUCUCUUUACAAGCUUUGCAUACAUUAUGCAAAGAAGAUCUACUUCAAUUUUUACUUCGCAGUACAAUAAUAUGCAAACGAAAUCAGAAGAGUAUUGA